CCUUGUUCAUUUCUUAUGUUCUUAUGUUGCAACUCUUUUAAAGAUAGUACCUGGUCAGCCAACUUAGACCAGACCCUCUUCCCUAUCUAGUCCUACAAUUCUUGGAUCUUGAGUUUAGCUGGUAUAGGUCCCUUUCCCCUUGCUUAGGUUGAGCUCCAUUUAGUUAUGUCAAUGAAAGUGACUCCUCAGAAGGUUAUGUUAAAGAAUUACUUCUCCUUUUAUCUUUCUCAACAGUAUUUCACUAGUACUGCCAGCUUCCUCUACUUUCAAUGUUGUCUCUUUAUCAGUUCCAAGAUAGAUAAGACUCAUUUUAGCAGUUCAUCUACAUGGAAAGGGAAGAGGCAAAGCAUGGCUUAAAAUUAGAAAAGCUGUAGUUAUUAUUCAACUUUCAAUCUUAGUGGUUUAAAAUGGAUGCAUUAGAAGAAUUAAAACAGUACUUUCUUCUUGAAACUAAAGAGCAUAUCAUCUUGGCUUUUAGCUGAAGCCACCAAAAAAGACGAUUCAACGAAAGUGAAAGAUGAAUAUAGUGAAAGGGAUGAGAAUGUUUUGAAGCCAGAACCCAUGGGAAAUGCAGAAGAGCCUGAAAUUCCUUACAGCUAUUCCAGAGAGUAUAAUGAAUAUGAAAACAUUAAGUUGGAGAGACAUGUUGUCUCAUAUGAUAGUAGCAGGCCGACCAGUGGCAAGAUGAACUGUGAUGUGUGUGGAUUAUCCUGCAUUAGCUUCAAUGUCUUAAUGGUUCAUAAGCGGAGCCAUACUGGUGAACGCCCAUUCCAGUGUAAUCAGUGUGGGGCAUCUUUUACUCAGAAAGGUAACCUCCUCCGCCACAUUAAACUGCACACAGGGGAAAAACCUUUUAAGUGUCACCUCUGCAACUACGCAUGCCAGAGAAGAGAUGCACUCACAGGUCAUCUUAGAACACAUUCUGUUGAGAAACCCUAUAAAUGUGAGUUUUGCGGAAGGAGUUACAAGCAGAGAAGUUCCCUCGAGGAGCACAAGGAGCGCUGCCGUACGUUUCUUCAGAGCAGUGACCUUGGUGAAACCGCAAGUGCGGAGGCAAGACACAUCAAAGCAGAGAUGGGAAGUGAAAGAGCUCUGGUUCUGGACAGAUUAGCAAGCAAUGUGGCAAAACGAAAAAGCUCAAUGCCUCAGAAAUUCAUUGGUGAGAAGCGCCACUGCUUUGAUGUCAACUAUAAUCCCAGCUAUAUGUACGAGAAAGAGAGUGAGAUAAUACAAACCCGGAUGAUGGACCAAGCCAUCAAUAAUGCCAUCAGCUAUCUUGGUGCCGAGGCACUGCGCCCCUUAGUCCAGACGCCGCCUGCUCCCACCUCGGAGAUGGUCCCAGUUAUCAGCAGCAUAUAUCCCAUAGCCCUUACCCGUGCAGAGAUGCCGAAUGGUGCUGUGCAGGACCUGGAAAAGAAACAGAUCCACCUGCCAGAGAAGAGCCUACCUUCUGAAAGAGGCCUCUCCCCCAACAAUAGUGGCCAUGACUCCACAGACACUGACAGCAACCAUGAAGAACGCCAGAAUCACAUCUACCAGCAAAAUCACCUGGUCCCUCCUCGGGCCCGCAAUGGGAUACCACUUCUGAAAGAGAUACCCCGCUCUUAUGAACUCCUCAAGCCCCCACCCAUCUGCCCACGAGACUCCAUCAAAGUGAUCAACAAAGAAGGGGAGAUGAUGGAUGUGUAUCGGUGUGACCACUGUCGAGUCCUCUUUCUGGAUUAUGUGAUGUUCACCAUUCACAUGGGUUGCCACGGCUUUCGUGAUCCUUUUGAAUGUAACAUGUGUGGGUAUCGAAGCCAUGAUCGGUAUGAGUUUUCGUCUCAUAUAGCCCGAGGAGAACACAGAGCCAUGCUGAAGUGAACAUCUGGCCCCGGAGAUGAUUCACGCCUGAGCAUUCCACAUUGUUUUUAAAAACCGAUACCCCUACCUAACAAAUCACUCUCAAAACAAACUCAGUUCCAAACUCUUUUUCGUACCAUUUUUAGUAUCCAGAGGGUCAUGCUCACGUGGGCAACAGAGAAACACUGUCUCCAUUCAGAAGUUGUUUGCAGAUAACGCCAAUGUUACUACUUUUGUGAAACCUUUGUUUUCCCAUCAGGGACUUGAAUUUUAUGAUAUUUAAAAACCAGAGAAGUAUUUGGUCACUUUCUUCUGCAUCAAUAGGACAGGCAUACCAUGGAGUUUGUUGCCAAUUGGAAGAGUCCCCCCAUAGUGCUGCAUGAAACGCUCUUGUCAGCCAAGAGUGCCAAAAGGCCAUGAGCCCAGGUCCACACAGAAGAAGAGCUGGCCAGUGACCUUACGGGAAGUCUUGUCCUUCUGCAUUGAAUAAAAGGCGGAGAGUUAGCAUCUAAUCUCCCCAUCCCAAUUAGAGUCUAAUAGUAUGGAAAAGACUAUCCACAAAAUAACUAUCUGUUAUCAGUAACUGAAGACUCAGUCUUGAAACAUCAGAUCCUUUUCUUAUCACAUAAGCAAAAAAAAAAACACAACCCGAAGUCAUUUGAUAAUACAUCUGCUUCUACUCUUUACCCUCCGUCUCCAAUUAAAAGCUGCUUUGGGUUAAAGAAGUCAUCUACAGGAGAAAUCCUACACAGAAAAACUGAUGGUUUUCAAUAUAGACUGUCAUGGAAACUCCAGGAAGUUGUCCACUGUGGGCUAUGGCAUCCAUUUCCUGUGAUCAAGAUGGGCAGAGCUGGGCCUUGGCCAGUAUCUCAGUGGUUA